UAAUCGCUACAUACCCGGAAAGCGUGUUGUUUAAAAUAUUUUAGGUUAUUUUAGUGUUUUGGACUUUUAUAUGUAAAAAUGUCUUUUCGUGGUCGUGGAGGUGGUGGCGGACGUGGCGGCUUUGGCGGCCGAGGUGGUGGCGGCGGCAGGGGUCGCGGCGGUUUUGGUGGCGGUGGUGGCCGAGGACGAGGUGGCGGCGGCGGCGGAGGUGGCUUCAGACAGCAGGACUACGGCCCUCCAGAAUCAGUUAUCCCUUUGGGACAUUACGGCUGGAUCGUUCAAGACGACCUUGUGUGUAAAGUGGACAUAGAAGACGUUCCUUACUUCAACGCACCCAUAUAUCUUGAAAAUAAAGAGCAGAUAGGCAAGAUCGACGAGAUAUUUGGCAAUCUGCGAGAUUACUACGUGUCUGUGAAGCUCGGAGAGAAUAUUAAGGCUAAGAGUUUUAAAGAGGGCCAGCAAUUUUUCAUUGAUCCUGCCAAGUUGUUACCUUUGAAGAGGUUUCUGCCACAGCCGCCUGGCGCUAAGCGUGGUGGCGGAGGCCGAGGACGUGGUGGACCACGUGGGGGUCGUGGUGGUGGAUUUGGGAGAGGAGGUGGCGGUGGCCGCGGCGGCGGGGGUGGAUUCAACAGAGGCGGGGGUGGCCGAGGAGGUGGAUUUAACCGCGGGGGUGGCGGUUUCGGACGAGGCGGUGGAGGUGGGAGGGGAGGCGGCCAUAGAGGAGGCCGUGGGGGAUGGUAGCGUUAUCAACUAUAUAUUAGUAUAUGAAAGUAUUGACCGAGUGUUCAUAAUGUGUACAUUGUUGACAUGUGUUUGUGGAUGGCCCUCGCCAUUCAAAGAUUUGCUAAAAUAUCCAAUAUUUGUGGAUCUGAUUAUGAUAAUUUGCUAAUUAAUAGUAACUAAAAU